CAUCCAGAGCACAGAGCAGCGUCGUCGUCUUAAGCUUAAAAGCCGCAGAAUAGAAAGGGGAAGAGAGUCGCCCCUCCCCACCUUGCAGAGAGAGUUCCAGAAGAGAGAGAAACUGAUUAAACAGCUCUUCUAGAGAGAGAAACGGGGAAGCAGAGGAGGGAUUCUUCGCAUUUUCCCCCUUCUCACCGCAGCUGCUAACCUACUCAGAUUCCUCAGUCCUGCCUGUAGAGACUGGAGCCGGAUAAGAAAAAGAUUAUCUAUGGAGGGAGGCGCAGGAAGAGGUUUGGAAUGCCAGAAGACUAUGGAUGGGAGGGCGAAUGACGGGAAUGGACCAGAGAAGGAGAUCCCUUCGUGUUGCUUGAAAGCGAGGGCUUCAAUCCCCGAGCUCGAUGCCAAAUGCCACUCAACUGUUGUUUCUGGGUGGUUCUCAGACGCUCCAUCUAGCACUGAUAAACCAUGCAAACAAGUCUACUUCAACAACCCUAUGUGGCCUGGAGAAGCACAUUCGCUGAAGGUUGAAAAAAUACUGUUCCAGGAUAAGUCAGAUUACCAGGAGGUCUUGGUUUUUGAGUCCUUGGCAUACGGGAAGGUUCUCGUUCUUGAUGGCAUUGUCCAAUUGACUGAGAAAGAUGAAUGUGCCUACCAGGAGAUGAUCACCCAUCUGCCCCUUUGUUCAAUUCCUUCCCCGAAGACUGUUCUGGUUGUUGGUGGUGGUGAUGGUGCAGUCCUUAGGGAAAUUUGUCGUCAUGGCUCUGUGGAGCACAUUGACAUUUGUGAGAUAGACAAAAUGGUUAUUGAUGUGUCCAAGAAAUUCUUUCCUGAGCUAGCAAUUGGAUUUGAUGAUCCUCGGGUCAACCUACAUGUUGGUGAUGCGGUUGAAUUUCUGAAGAAUGUGCCUCGAGGGAAGUAUGAUGCAAUCAUUGUUGACUCAUCCGAUCCUGUUGGUCCUGCUCAGGAGUUGGUGGAGAAGCCAUUUUUUGAGACAAUAGCUCGGGCGUUGAGGACUGGUGGUGUUCUUUGUAACAUGGCUGAGAGCAUGUGGCUCCACACGCAUCUUAUUGAAGACAUGAUCUCUAUUUGUCGGGAAACGUUCAAAGGAUCUGUCCAUUAUGCUUGGACCAGUGUGCCUACUUAUCCUAGUGGUGUGAUCGGGUUCCUCUUAUGCUCAACUGAGGGCCCCCCAGUUGAUUUCAUUAAUCCUGUUAACCCAAUUGAGAAAGUAGAAGGAGCAGGGAAACAGUGUCGGGAACUUAGAUUCUACAAUACUGAGAUGCACUCUGCUGCCUUUGCCCUUCCGACGUUUCUGAGGAGGGAGGUGAGAUCGUUGCGCCAUUGAUUCUCCGACUCCAUAAUGCUGAAUCUGUAACUUCCGGGCUGGAUCCACGAUGGUGAACUUCAUUAUUCUCGUACAUGACAUCUGUUCUUGCACGGGAAAAGUAGUAGUUUGAGGUAUUAUUGUCAUUAGUACAUGGCGUAUUUGAAGUGUAUAUGACCGGGACAUCUGCUUUGAGGAUGCAGAACUAUACAUGAAGUAUUUUAGAUAUAACGCGGCGGUAGCAGGCUGAUCAUAUUCGUGUUGUUGCUUCACUCUUUUCUAUUGAAUAACCGGUGAUGGUUUCGGGUUUUUAAUGUUUUCUUUAUCCAUGUCCACUGGAUGUUUCA